UUUGGCUUGGCCGAUUACAAACGUCUUAAUAAGCUUUCACCGAAUCACACUAAUCUUUAAAGAACUGCACUCCCUGAAGUUCCUGGCAUAUGACGGGAGAACGUGGGCCACGCUUUGAAAAUUAGACUUUCUCAGUCUCUUAUUUAUUUGUGUUGCUUGAUAGGUUUCUGUAUCUUGGUUUUUACAAUGUCUGUAACCCUCAGGAGAGUGUACCACAUCUCAGCGUUCAGCUGGUAUGCUUUUAUUGUUAACAGUCUCGCCUCCAAGGAUGGAGAGGACCUGCCUGCAGGGAUCUUCGUUUACGGCGGGCCGUGGAAGUACCUUACCUUUUUGAACUUGUUACUACAGAUGACAUUCUUUGGGCUGGCAGCGGUAAAUGAUCUCCAACCAGGGAAAAACACCGACAGUGCUCUCAGCAGAAGUAAAGACCUCCUCUUCUCAGUCUUUGCUUUCCCUGUUGGGAUGUUUGUUGUGAUACUUUUCUGGACAAUAUUUGCCUACAACAGGGAAUUGGUCUAUCCUGCCACCAUUGACGAAUUCUUCCCUCCCUGGAUCAAUCACGCCAUGCACACAUGUGUCUGCCCCGUCUUACUUGGAGAGCUGCUGCUGCAGCCUCACACCUACCCGAGGACCAAACACGCUCUGGCAGCGUUAGGACUCGUGGGUGCAUCUUAUCUGUCCUGGAUCAUCUGGGUGUAUUUGUCCGUGGGUAUUUGGGUGUAUCCCCUUCUCGGACUCUUCAGCACCGGCGGCCUGGUGGGCUUCUUCUUUUUUAACAUGUCCGUGGUGAUCUUGCUCUUCCUGCUCGGCAACGAGCUCAACCGCCAGAUCUGGCAGAGGACGCGAUAGGUCACGAGUUUGUUUUGUCUCUUUGCUUAUCUCUCUAUCUCUCUAUUAUCUUUUUCACCUUAAAAAAAGGAAUGUAACUACCUGUCAUCUUUCCACAUAACCUGCCUUCAUAUUAAACACAGGCUUCAACAGUGACAUGUUUAGUCACUUAUAUCUCUGAUACAAUAAUGGUUUGCAGUUAAAACUGCACAGUGUUUCUAAAAUUGCAAAAACAUUUGCAUAAUGUAUCAGAAACAUGACAGGAUGCAUAAUAAAGACUUUU